AUGGACGAAGGCGAGGGAGGGUACGGUGAGAGCGGCGAUCCCAUGGAUCAGUUCCACCGUAACGAAGCUAUAUCCGCCGUCGCCGACGAUGGUUUCAUGGCCGAGGAAGACGACGAUUAUGAGGAUCUUUACAACGACGUCAACGUCGGCGAAGGAUUCCUUCAAUCUUUGCGCAAAAACGACGAUUCAGGGUUUCGUAACGAAGAUGUCGAGGACAAGAAGCCGUUACCGCCGCCACCGGUUCCAGAUGCCGCCGGGGUUUCGAUUCCCGGUGUCGGUGGCGGUGGAGAGGGUGGCGGCGGUGUUGGAAGUGGGGUUGUGGAAUCUAGGGUUUCCGCAAGAGUUGACGGGUUCCAGAAUCAAGGGUUUAGAGGGAACGAUGUGGGUGCCAAAAGUGGGAUUAGGGUUGAAUUAGGACACCAAUCUGGUAAAUCGAGUGAAAUUGAGGAACAUGGUGGUAAUGAUGAUGCUCCAGUGCAGGGGAUUGGACAACAACCUCAUGCUGGUGUUGUUGGGAGUGUGGGAAAUGAGGGUAUGGUCAGACAAGGUCAAGUUGGUGGUAGUGGUGGAGGAGGGAAUGCUAAUAGGGUUGGUGGAAACGGUGUUGGAAACAGUGUGGGUGCUGUUAAUAGUGUUAUUACUGGAGGAGUUGGAGUUGGAGGAGGAGGUGGUGGUGGUGGUGGUUCUGGUGGUACUAUUUUGUUUGUGGGCGAUUUGCAUUGGUGGACUACUGAUGCUGAGCUAGAAACUGAGCUUAGUAAAUAUGGGCCUGUUAAGGAGGUGAAGUUUUUCGAUGAGAAGGCGAGUGGGAAGUCAAAGGGGUAUUGCCAAGUUGAGUUUUUUGACCCUUCUGCUGCCACAAGUUGCAAGGAGGGAAUGAAUGGUCAUGUUUUUAACGGGAGGCCAUGUGUUGUUGCGUUUGCCUCGCCUUUUACAGUUAAGAAAAUGGGAGAGGCUCAGAUAAACAGGAAUCAGCAGAUGAACCCAUCUGCAGUUACACAACAGGGAAGGAGGGGGCCUGCUGAUGGAGGCUCUAAGCCUGGUGGGAGUAAUAUUUCGACACAUGGUAAUUACCAAGGAGGAGAUGGGAAUAGAGGUUAUGGGAGAGGGGGUAACUGGGGAAGAGGGAAUAAUCCUGGUAUGGGGAAUAGGGGGCCUGUGAAUGCAAUGAGGAAUAGGGGUGGUGGGAUGGGUGGUAGAGGUAUAAUGGGUCAUGGUGGAAAUGGUUUUGGACAGGGUAUUGGUGGUACCCCUCCACUGUUGCAUCCUCAGUCAAUGAUGAAUCAGGGUUUUGAUCCUGCUUUUGUUGGUCCAAUGGGUAGAAUGGGUAGCUACGGAGGUUUUCCUGGUGCUCCAACACCUCCAUUUUCUGGGAUACUACCUUCAUUCCCUGGUGUUGGAGGUGUUGGUUUGCCUGGAGUGGCACCUCAUGUUAAUCCUGCAUUUUUCGGAAGAGGGAUGCCAGUUAAUGGUAUGGGGAUGAUGCCAACAUCAGGCAUGGAUGGUCCUAAUAUGGGAAUGUGGUCAGAUCCGAAUAUGGGUGGAUGGGGUGGUGAAGAGCCUGGUGGUGGGAAGGCUGGAGAGUCAAGUUAUGGGGAGGAAGCUGCAUCUGACCAUCAGUAUGGUGAAGUGAGUCAUGAUAGAGCUGGGUGGCCUAUGAGGGAGAAAGAUAGAGGUUCAGAAAGGGACUGGUCUGGUUCUUCUGAGAGAAGGUAUAGGGACGAUAGAGAUCAAGGAUAUGAAAGAGAUGCACCUAGAGAGAAAGAUAUGGGCCAUGAUGCUGAGUGGUCUGAAAGAAGGCAUCGUGAUGAUAGAGAAACGGGCCGAGAACGAUCUCGGGACCGUGAACAUGAAAGAUCCCGUGAUCGAGAUCGUGAAAGAUCCCGAGACCGUGAUCGUGAUCGUGAAAGGGAUCACCGAGAGCGUGACAGGCACAGAGAAGAUAGGGACAGGUAUGGCGAUCAUCAUAGGUAUAGGGACGGGGAAGGAGAGCAUGAUGAUGAGUGGGAGAGGGGACGGUCAUCAAGGACUCACAGCAAAUCACGGUUAUCACAGGAGGAGGAACACCACUCUAGGCCGAGAGAUGCUGAUUAUGGGAAGAGGAGACGGCUUACUUCAGAAUAA